GCGGGCGGGGGAGGGCGAGGGCGAGCCGCGCCGGCAGGGGAGGGGAAAGGCGCUCAUCAUGUUUAGGGCGAGGGGAGUCUCCCUGCCCGGGAACCCGGUGCGCGGCCCCGGCUGCGGCGGUCUCCGCCUCUGGGAAGCCGGUUGGAUUUUCCCCAUCUUACAGCACCUCGCAGGUCUCUUCUCUGAGCAGUACGUUGCCUGAGUGAGUGGAAACAUACAGAUCAGCUGCAGGUUUCUGUCUACAAAAACAGAGUGAAAGAGAAAGAAAAGGGUUGGGAAAGCAGAGACAAAUAUUGACCUGGACUUAUAGAAAGACAUCCAAUGGCUGAAUAAAGAACCCCUGUUCAUGUUUUGGGAUAUUCUUUCAACUGGCUGGAACGAGAGCGGAUCAAAAGAAUGGGAAAUGCCAGCAGACCCUUUAGAAGAAUUGCUUAUUUCUUAUGCCUUUUAUCUGUGCUUUUGCUGACUGAAGGGAAGAAACCAGUGAAGCCAAAAUGUCCUGCCUGGUGUACUUGUACCAAAGAUAAUGCUUUAUGUGAAAAUGCCAGAUCUAUUCCUCGCAGCGUUCCGCCUGAUGUUAUCUCACUAUCCUUUGUGAGAUCUGCUUUUACUAAAAUCCCAGAAGGGAGUUUUUUGCUCACACCAUCUCUGCAGCUUCUGUUGUUUACAUCCAACACUUUUGAUGUUAUUAGUGAUGAUGCUUUCAUGGGCCUUCCUCAUCUAGAAUAUUUGUUCAUAGAGAACAACAGCAUUAAGUCAAUUUCAAGAAAUACUUUCAGAGGACUGAAAUCUUUAAUUCACCUGAGUCUCGCAAAUAAUAAUCUUCAAUCGCUUCCAAAAGACAUAUUCAAAGGCUUGGAUUCUUUAACAAAUGUGGAUCUUAGAGGCAAUGCAUUUAAUUGUGACUGCAAGCUGAAGUGGUUAGUGGAAUGGCUGGGCAGCACCAAUGCGACAGUUGAAGACAUUUACUGUGAAAGCCCACCAGAAUACAAGAAGCGCAAAAUCAAUAGCCUCUCGCCGAAAGAAUUUGAUUGCAUUAUUACAGAAUUUGAAGUUUAUCAGUCCCUGCCGUACCAGUCUCUGUCAGUAGAUACUUUCUCAUACAUGAAUGAUGAACAUGUGGUUAUUGCUCAGCCUUUUACUGGAAAAUGCAUUUUUCUUGAAUGGGACCAUGUAGAAGUGAUGUUCAGGAAUUACGACAACAUUACAGGUACUUCAACUGUUGUGUGUAAACCUAUAGUUAUUGAGAGUCAGCUGUAUGUCAUUGUCGCGCAGCUCUUUGGAGGCUCCCACAUAUAUAAAAGAGAUAUUUUUGCUAAUAAGUUUAUAAAAAUUCAAGAUAUUGAAAUCCUUAAAAUCCGAAAACCCAAUGACAUUGAAACUUUCAGGAUUGCUGAAGACUGGUAUUUUGUUGUUGCAGACAGUUCAAAAGCUGGUUUCACCACGGUUUACAAAUGGAAUGGGAAUGGAUUUUAUUCCCAUCAGUCUCUGCAUGCCUGGUACAGAGAUACUGAUGUGGAGUAUCUUGAAAUAUCCGGCAAACCACAUUUAAUUCUGUCAAGUAGUUCCCAAAGACCCGUAAUAUAUCAAUGGAACAAAGGAACAAAUGAAUUUGUUAAGCGUUUUGAUAUCCAAGAUAUGGAAGAUGCGUAUGCAGUGAAGCAUUUCAAAGUGAAAGAGGAUGUAUACAUUUGCUUAACAAGAUUUAUUGGGGACUCUAAAGUAAUGAAAUGGGGUGGUUCAGCAUUUCUGGAUUUACAAAGGAUGCCAUCCCGAGGGUCAAUGGUAUUCCAACCGCUUCAGAUAAGUAAUUAUCAAUAUGCCAUUCUUGGAAGUGAUUAUUCUUUCACUCAAGUCUAUUAUUGGGAUGCUGAAAAGGCAAAAUUUGUGAAGUUUCAAGAAUUAAACGUACAGGCACCAAGAUCUUUCAUACAUGUCUCCAUCGAUAAACGAGAUUUUCUCUUUGCUUCAAGUUUUAAGGGAACUACAUUGAUUUAUAAACAUGUCAUAGUUGACUUAAGCGCAUGACACUCAUAAUUCUGAGAUUACAUCAGACUUUCUACCAUAAGUGGACAAAAUGAACUAAAUGCAUGAUGACUCUCUUAUCUUUACUUCCAAAUGAAUGCCUUUAAAAGUUGAGAUUGCUAGAACAAAGUAUUACUAGUAUCUUCAUCUUUACUUGUCAAGUCUAGUGGUGUUGGAAGUUGCAUUUUUUAACAAAAAGAAAUUAAAUUAACUGUUCUUUGCAUCCACAAUAUGUAAAUACGUGUGCAACUGCAUCUGUUGCUAUAAAGAAUAUUAAGAUGUACUUUUCCAUUUAUUUAUUCACCUGUUUGAAACAACUGCCAAAUAAAAUGUUUACAUUUUGUGUCUUUCACAUUCCAAAUAUUAUUUGCAGGUGAUACUUUUUAUUUGUGUAUAUAUUAUACACAUAUAAAAUAAACCCAAGAAGGCAUAUUGCCCAGUGCAGUGUCGUGCUGCAUAGAAGAUGCACAAUACUGAAGAUCAGGUGGGUUUCACAUAGAACCAGAAGUUCUUGAUAAAAAUACAGCAUUGAACCCCAGUCCUCUAAAUGAUCACCUGGACAUACCCUUCCAUUUAUGUGAAGCUUCACUGAUUCAAACAGGACUCCACACAGAAAAAAAGGGUUCAGUUACACAAAUCAGGUUGUAGGAUGUUCAGUUAUAUAGAUCCAGUUGUAGGAUGGGGCUUUGUACUGUGUAUAGUUGGAAGUUCCUGACUUCUAACAAAAAUGAACGUGGCAGGACAGACUCGGUGUAGCAUAUGCAACUCCAGGGAAGCUACCUGUAUAUGCUAAAUUAUGCCAAGUCUGAAUUUGGCAUGAAAACCUAUUACAAACUCAAAAUUAAAUAGUCUUUUGUUUACGUACAACUAGUGCAUCACUUGUGAGAAACCAAUACUGCUGCUGAAGAUCGUUUGGCGCAGCUUGGGAAGAGAACACAAGCUGAUUUUAGACACCUUUGCACUCGAAGUUAUCAAACCUUGUGCUUCAGUGCUAUCUUUAAAAUAUGCACAUGAAUACUGUAUAUGUUUAUUCACAUUUCUAACAUUCACAAGCAUUGGUUGGCAAAUAAGACUUAUGAUACUAUGCAUGACAGCUAAUCACACAAGCUGAUUCUGCAAGCUGUACUUGCACAGACCCCAAAAAGGCAGAGCAGUUUCAGCCUCAGUCACUUUUCCUUUGCUUAUGGUGCUGCUGAGAGCACCUGUUAGUGCAGCAGAAAAAUAAUCACUAAGAAAAUAGACAUAAAAUGUGUCUUUUA